UCUGACAUCCGAGACCACUUGUUCUCUUAUCUCUCCCCAGGUGACGGUAACAAUGGCGAAGAAGGACUUGUUGAAAGAAUAUGAAGCUGAUGAUUCCAACAAGGAAGUCUCUCGCAGCGACUUCCCUCCAAACUUUGUCUUUGGAGUGGCCACUUCUGCCCAUCAGGUGGAAGGAGCCUGCAAGGAGGGUGGUAGGGGUCCUAGUAUUUGGGAUUCCUUUUCACACACUGAGGGCAAGAUCAUUGACAAAAGCAAUGCUGACGUUGCAGUGGAUCAAUAUCAUAGAUACAAGGAAGAUGUUGAGCUUAUAGCCAAAUUGGGAUUUGAUGCUUAUCGCUUUUCCAUAUCAUGGUCGCGUAUCUUCCCUGAUGGUUUGGGAACCAAAGUCAAUGAUGAAGGGAUUAAUUACUAUAACAAUCUCAUUAAUGCUCUUCUUGAAAAGGGUAUCCAGCCUUGCGUAACUUUGUACCACUGGGAUCUUCCUUUGCAUCUUCAUGAGACACUGGGCGGGUGGUUAAAUAAACAAAUUGUAAAUUACUUCGCAGUCUAUGCAGAAACUUGCUUCGCCAGUUUUGGUGAUAGAGUAAAGACCUGGAUUACAAUUAAUGAGCCCCUUCAAACUGCUGUGAAUGGAUACGAUAUUGGGGUAUUUGCUCCAGGAAGACAUCAACAGUCAUCAACAGAACCAUAUUGGGCUGCGCACCACCAGAUCUUGGCCCAUGCGGCAGCCGUUUCAAUAUACCGAAGCAAGUAUAAGGACAAGCAAGGGGGACAAGUAGGCUUGGUGCUAGAUUGCGAAUGGGCUGAGGCUAAUUCAGAUAAAAUUGAAGAUAAAACUGCUGCAGCAACACGUCUUGAUUUUCAGCUUGGAUGGUUCUUGCAUCCAAUAUACAAUGGAGACUAUCCUGAGAUUAUGCGUGAAAGACUUGGAGAUCGACUUCCUAAAUUCUCAGAGGAAGAGAAGGAGUUAAUUAGGAACUCGAUAGACUUUGUUGGUCUAAAUCACUAUACAUCGAGAUUUAUUGCUCAUGCAACAGAUAGCCUUGAAGAAGGUGAUUUCUAUAAAGCACAAGAGAUGGAGAGAAUUGUUGAAUGGGAAGGGGGUGAGGUAAUUGGUGAGAGGGCAGCAUCAGAAUGGCUUUAUGUGGUUCCUUGGGGCAUCCGAAAGGUUCUCAAUUACAUAGCACAGAGAUACAAUAAUCCCCCAAUAUAUGUUACUGAGAAUGGAAUGGAUGACGAAGACAGUGACACUUCCCCGCUUGAUGAUGGGAUGCUAGAUGACAAAUUGAGAGUUGUUUACUAUAAGGGAUACCUAGCUGCAGUAGCUCAGGCAAUCAAGGAUGGAGUUGAUGUGAGGGGAUAUUUCGCAUGGUCAUUGCUGGACAACUUCGAGUGGGCUCAAGGUUAUACCAAGCGUUUCGGCUUGGUUUACGUGGAUUACAAGAAUGGGCUUUCUCGCCACCCAAAAUCUUCUGCUUAUUGGUUCCUACGGUUCCUGAAAGGCGGUGAAGGGAAAAAAGGCAAGGAAGACUAAUUUAUAGCCAGAAAGAACUUGUUAUUUUAGACUUAUUCUGGCAUUCUAAAUUAGUAAGUUGUGGUGGUGUACUUUAUAUCCUAAUGACCAUUAUGGAAUAAAUAAUGGUACACACUCUCACUUUUUCACA